UACUCUUAGCAAAAGUACCUCUGAAGGAUUUAUUUCUGCAAGCAUUUCACAAGGCACGUAGCUCACAAUGCCAGGAUUAUUCUUCCCACAGACACAUCCAGCACAGCUUAAAGAAAGCAGCUGCAACCCUAGUGAUGAGAAAGGACAGAAAAAGAAGCCAAAGACUUUUGGUAUGGACUUGAAGACAUGCCUGCGAUCCAUCUUGCCACAUCUGGAAUCCAACAUCACUGCUCCAAAGCCUACAAAGGUCAGUGCAGAUGAUUGCAACAAGUGGUCCCAGUCACUGGAAAAGCUACUUGAAAGUCAAGCUGGUUUGGCAGUAUUUAAAGCCUUUUUGAAGUCCGAGUACAGCGAUGAGAACAUUCAGUUUUGGUUGGCCUGCGAGGACUACAAGAGAACAAAAUCACCAGGUCAGAUGGCUUCCAAAGCGCAGAAGAUUUUUGAAGAGUUUGUCCAAGAGGAUUCCUCUAAAGAGAUUAACAUUGAUUUCCAUACAAGAGAUACCAUAAGUAAAAAGAAAGAAGACCCAACCCCAUCGUGCUUUGAUGAAGCCCAGAAAAUUGUGUACGGACUUAUGGAAAGGGAUUCUUACCCCAGAUUCCUGAAAUCUGAGAUAUAUCAAAAUCAUGUUUGUAAAACCAAGGACUGAAAGAAUAAGCAGGGGAACCUAAUGUCUGUGAUUAUAAUGCAAGUGGGAGACUCAGUCCCCACCUGAGUGCUGAAAUGCCCCUUUCUGCUGGGAUGUGGAGUCCUAAAAGGAGGCAGAAGGCUUGGAGAAGUAAAGUCAAGCCAAGGCAAUGGAGUGGGCUGGCCAUGUAUCUUGGAUCCAGCAAGUUGGAGGUGGUUCAUCAGUAACAGAACAAUAUGCCUUUAUGUUGACCAGAAAUGGAACUGUAAGAACUAAGAAAAAACAAUGAGCUCUUACUUUCAAAAGAAAUGUAUAAUAUAUUGCAUAAUAUAUUAAGAAUAUAAGGUGCCAAACACUAGAUAUGGCAUACCAGUUAAAAUGUGUAAAUCAUGCAGAUGUCCAGCAAUAUAUGACAUGUUUGUACAUCAGAUGUGUAUGUUUGUUUAAAUACGGAAUCAGUAGCAGGGUAACUCUAUUUUGGCUAAAACGUUUAUGUUGUAUCAGAGGAGCGAUAUGUUUCGUUAACAGAGUGGGAGUUCAGCUAUCCUGCUGCCUGUUCACUUUGUGCUGUAAUAAAAUACUAAACUGAGAAGAAAUUGCCACAUCUAGUGGUUCGACAAUAGGACAGCAGCUGCAAAUGCCAUGGUAUCAUUAUUCAUAGCAUUUUAGGAUUCAGCUGUCAAUCAUCUAGUUUCACUCUCUCUCUCUCUCUCUCUCUCUCUCCCCUCUCCUGUCAGUCAUUAAUUAGACUACAUGUAAGAAAAUAAUGUAGUCUCUUGUUGUCGCUCCCCAUCUAAUCUAUUUUUAUGUUAUUAUAGUUCAUGUGAUGAUAAGCCAGGGUCCUUCAAUUUACAUAAAGCUUUGUCAUUUUAUACACAUUUUGCUACAGCAUUUAGUCUUGAACUCUGGAUUACAAAGCCAUAUUCUGCAUAUAAGGGGUACAUUUUACUUCAUUGUGACCUUUUUGUCUUUGAAAAGUGAUAUGAUCUAUAUAGUUGCUCUUGUCUUCUAGCAAUAUAAUUUGUAAACCUUAUGCAAAAAUGAAGAUGUAAACAUCUUUUGUAAAAAUAUCUGUACCAGUUUUGAUUUGUAACCCUCUACUGUUACCCCACAUUUGUACUGCUUCAAUGAUUUGCGGUUAAUAAAGACUUUGCAUAUUUUAAA